AUGAUCAAAUCAAUACCUUCCAUAAUUUUCCUGUCAGUAUCACUUCCUCUUCUACUCAGUUACAUAUUCAAGAAGAAAUAUAAAAAAAUGAUCAAUCCACAAGUUAUUAGAGAAGAAAAGUAUUAUCAUCAGGUCAUAUUCGUGAAUAUGGAAAAUUUUCAAUGUAGGCAACAUUUACUAGACAAAAAAGAAUGUGGCGAAAAAUGCUCCUAUGCCUAUCAAAAAACACUUCAAAAUUUCAUCCGAAGUGCCCAAAUUAGUAUUUGUAUGAGUGUUUACAUGUUAACUUUGAAGCACCUAAACUAUGAGUUGAUUCAAGCACAUAAUAGGGGCGUCAUUGUACGAGUUAUUACUGAUAGAGUAAUGUUACAGGUCGAUCCAUCACAAAUUAACUUCUCACGUUUAAAAAGAAGCUGUGUACCUUUCAAAGUUCAACCUACCAAUAACCAUGGUAUGAUGCACCAUAAAUUUUGUCUAAUUGAUAAAGAAAAUCCCAAAUGUGCCAAAAUGUUCUUUGGUUCCCUUAACUUGACUAGCCAAGGACUAGUCUCUAACUUUGAAUCAGUUAUAUUAACAAAUAACUUGAACAUUAUUAAUAGAUAUUGUGAAGAGUUUGAAGAAAUGUGGAGUACAUUUGAAGAAACUCAUUAG